AUGAGACCAAGCGGUGGUUCUUGUCUCUCCGUGCAGUCUGACUGCCGUGUCUACUCUGGGUUGUUUUUAUGGACCCCUGCGCAAAGGCUGGGUCGGUUAAGUUGUGCUCUCAGAAUGACAGGUCACGUGAUCAAAUCUGUCUCUUUCCUUUGUGUGAGUGCCUCUCGCCAUCACCGCCCGAGGGGCGUGGAAAGUCCUCAACCGUCUCUGAAAUUCCACGUGGGCCUGUUCCUCUUUGGUCACCUGAUCAAAUCCGUCUCAUUCCUGCUUAGCGUGAAUGCCUUUCACCAUCAUUGCCCGAUGGGUAUGCAAGGUCCUCCACCUUCCUGCAAAUUUCACAUACGCGUUUGUCUCUUUGGUCACCUGAUCAAACCCGUCCUCUUCCUGUUUUGUGUGAAUGUCUCUCGUCAUCACUGCCCGAUGGGCGUGCAAGCUCCUCCACCUUCCCUCAAAUUUCACCUCCGCCUUUCCCUCUUUGGUCCCCUGAUUAAACCCGUCCGCCAAGAGCUAGGCGUGUCUAUCUUCAGUCUAUCGAGUUUUUGUCUUCUUUUUUUAAUUAAAAAAUAUAUCCUUUUCUUUCAUUUUUCUUGGUCUGGUCAUCCGUCUAUCGUGUUUUUGUCUUCUUUUUUAAUUAAAAAAAAAACAAAAUAUCCUUUCUUUCAUUUUUCAUCGUCUGGUCCUCAGUCUAUCUUCAGUCUAUCGUUCUAUCGUGUUUUUGUCUUCUUUUUUAAUUAUAAAAAAAAACAAAAUAUCCUUUCUUUCAUUUUUCAUCGUCUGGUCCUCAGUCUAUCUUCAGUCUAUCGUGUUUUUUGUCUUCUUGUUUUAAUUAAAAAACAAAAUAUCCUUUUCUUUCAUUUUUCUUGGUCUGGUCAUCAGUCUAUCUUCAGUCUAUCUCUAUCGUGUUUUUGUCUUCUUUUAAUUAAAAAAAAACAAAUAUCCUUUUCUUUCAUUUUUCUUGGUCUGGUCAUCAGUCUAUCUUCAGUCUAUCGUGUUUUUUGUUUUCUUUUUUUAAUUAAAAAGGCAAAUAUCCUUUUCUUUCAUUUUUCUUCGUCUGGUCAUCGGUCUAUCUUCUGUCUAUCGUAA